ACAGAGAUGAAGAGAAUUUAAAUGUUACACUUUGAAUAUCCUCCUUCAUCCCAGCCCUCCGCCUCCCCCCUUCUCUGGCACUCCCUCAAGGCCGUGUUAUUGUUCCUGCCUAUCAGUGUCAUUUCCAUAGCUAGUGCUGAAAGAGAGUGGAUAAAUUGAGGCAGAUGAGAGUGGACACGAGACAUAGAGGAGUGUAUUGCAAGCACACCAUCAGCCCACCUGUGAUCAGCUGCACUUAUAACAGACUCCUUUAAGGAACACAUAACAUUAUCAAGAGGAUUACUGACAGUCUCACAGCUGAUAAUGCAUUUCAACCCGUAGAGAGACAGAGUGAUGAGAAGAUACAGGAAUCGCUAGAAGAGGGAUACACUAAACUAGUGCUCAAGUUAUCAGAACAGUGAAUCCACAAGAGGAAGUGACUGGUAGUCACCAUAUUCCUGCAAGAUGGAGCCAAGCCAUGUGGUCUGGCAAACCCAGGUGGUCCGACUUGAUGCACAACUGGAAAGGGCAAGCUCUCAUCCUGAAUGUUCCAUCUGCUUUAACACCUACGACAAUGUCUUUAAAACACCAAAACAGCUAGAUUGCACCCACACCUUCUGCCUCGAGUGUCUUUCCCGCAUCAUGACCACCUCCAUGGACCCCCAAAACUCUAAAAUAUCUUGCCCAUUCUGCCGCCACCCCACAACCGUCCCAAAAAAGGGCCCCCCAGCUUUGACCACCAGCGAGGAGGUGUUGUGUCGUCUGCCUGUCCACCAACAGCAGGAAGAGCCUGUGUGGUUGGAUGGGGAUAGGCUGUGCUAUCAGCAAUCAAUAGACAUGCCAGGCAUGCCGGCCUUCUGUAUCUGCAUCGACAUCGGGGCCAAUGUACAUGGUGCUGUUUCUUCUACCCAGUCUCGACCAAGACUUAGGUUGCUGGAUCAGCUUAUGGACUGGAAACGGUUGGUGAUCUUCAUCGUCCUCAUGGUGCUGCUCAUAGUGAUCUUUCUGUGGCCCCUGCAGUGCAUUGUCACAACUGGCACCAUGCGUUGUGCACCCCAGCACCCACAGCCACAUACUACCAUAGCAUCAUACACAUUGGUGCCAAAAGUGUAAGAUACACACAUAUCUACUAUAUAUUACUUAAAAACUGGAACUCUAUACAUAUCCAUCACAGAAAAAGUGGAAUAAAUCAGAUCUAGAUUGCUGUUGGACUUUCAAAGAUAAGAAUUUGCAAAGAUCUGUGUGUGAAAACACCUUGUGAAGCCUGUUGGGUGCCAAGUGAGAUGCAGGGGGCAACCAAGCUGGGGUAUAUGAAAGCUAAUUAUUGAAUAAAUCAAUUUGUGAUCCAUUAAUUCUUCAUAGAAUACAUAAAGAUCUGAUCCAGUGACUCAAACAGCAACUAAUAAUAUGGAUUAAAAAAGGAACAUGCUAGUUACCAAAAUGAGCAACUUGAAGAUAUGGUUAUUUGCAUCAAUGAGGAAAAGAAAUUGUGUUUAGCAAUUGUGACAAGUCAUUCUAUAAGUGUAAAAGUGUCAAAGACCUGACCAUUGUAUAUGACAAAACUGACUGACCGACUGCACUGAUCAAAACAGCUUUUUUUUAAAGGAAUGUUCCUGGUUCAACACAAGCUCAAUCAACAGCAUUUACACUAUUAUGUUGUAACAUUAUCUGUGUAAAGUUAGAUCCAGUACUGGCAUUACUGGCUAUUGGAUUUAACUUUACACAGAUAAGUUAAGCAUGUUAGUGUAACGGUUACCCUGUCUUGUCUCACUGUUGCCCUUUGUUUGUAAUUUUGUCACUUUUGUUAUUCCUUAGUUUUCACUUUUGUCACCCUUGUACCUCCAUAGUCUUGUUUUCCCUCGUGUUCACUGUUCAUUGUUUUCACCUGCGCUUGUUAAUUUGCCUUUGGUUUCUGUUAAUCACCUUGUCACCUAGUUUGUGUUCUGUUUGUUCAUUGGCCCCUUUUUCCCAUGUUUUUGUAUUUAUAUCCUGGUUUUUGGUUUAGUCCUUGUCUGUUGUUGAAUGCUGUUGUACGUAGUUUGUGCUUGCUCCCAUGCCUGUGUUUUGUUUUCAUUUGCCCAUCGUGGUAGUUUUUGUAUUGUUUGGUCAAAAAAAACGAACAGAGUCUCAGAUUCUUUUCUCAUGCGGGUUUUUUCCGUUUUUAUUCACCUCCUAGUUUUCUUACCACAUAUUUCACCCACUGCCCCCUAGAGCAUAUAUUCAGGAACUCCCUAACAUAUAUGGGAAUUACAAAUAGAUAUUCAAACUUGAAUAUUACAGUUUUGUUUAUUCAUGCCUGUUUGUUUCCUUUAAUCAAUAAACCCGCAUUUGGAUCCUCAUCCCUUGUCUGACUCCGACCUCAUUCGUUACAGUUAGCAUGUAUAAUGUUUAUACCUUGCAGCUGGCUUUUGAAAUGUGGCUGGACCAUUCACUUCUAUUAUAUAUUCCAUACCGUAAUUGUAAUGUUUGCUAGUAAAACAUUUAGUAAAUAAAACAUUACGGUAAUCGACAUUAUGCCACAAAUGCUGUCAAUUGAGCUUAACUUCUAUUGAAUCUGGAACAUUCCUUUAAAAAUGGUUAACUAGAUCCCAUACACCUAAAUUUGUAAAGAUGUUUUAUACAAAUUUUUGGUAACAGUUUAUUGACAGCAGUCAAAAGUAAUCAAUAGAAAACGGAACAUUUCCAACAUUUGUAUAUACGUAUUGCGCUUAAUUGUAUUGCAUUCCGAAUUGUGUUUUUUGUUUACAAAAAAUAAACAUCUGUUG